CAGGACUAUCCUAACUUAUGGAAAAGAAAAGAUUAAAUUUGGACUUGCUUAGUCCUCUUCUUACAGAAACCCUUAAACCUCUUCUCUUUUCGCGUAAUCCCCUCUCUCCAUUCCUUAAACCUCUUCUCGAGUAAUCCCCUCCCUCCAUUCACGGUCUAUCUGUAGCUUCUUGUUCUUCCAUUAUUUUCAUAAAUCUUAUUUUGGGACAUCAAUGAAGGGAGGAGAAGGCCAAAACUACCAUAUUUGUACAGUGAAAGAAAUCUUUGAUGAUUACAAGGGGCGUAGGCAUGGCAUAAUUUCUGCUCUCACAACUGACUUGGAUGAAUUUUAUCGAAGGUGCAAUCCAGAGAAAGAGAACUUUUACUUGAUUGGAUAUCCGGAUGGGAAAUGGCAAGUUAGUUUACCUUUUGAAGAAAUACCUUCAGAGAUCCCAGAGCCUACUCUGGGUAUCAACUUUGCAAGAGACGGGAUGCUUGCAAGUGACUGGAUCACAUUAGUAGCUUCCCACAGUGAAGCGUGGCUGUUUUCGGUUGCUUUCUACUUUGCAGCCAGAUUCGGAUUUGAUAAAGCCCAAAGGAAGACACUCUUCAACAUGAUAAACGAGCUUCCUACGGUGUAUGAGAUUGUGACUCUUGCGUUAAAGAAACAAUUAAAGGGGAAAAAAUCGAUCUUAAAUCUUAUUCGAUCCAAACCAAAGCAAAGUUCCAAAUAUAAAGCAACCGAAGAACAUGAAGGUAGGGCAAUGGAUCUGAAACUGCUUCACAACGAUGAUAGAGAGGAGGAAGACGACGAGCACAGCAACACAUUGUGUGGUGCUUGCGGCCAGCACGAUGGAUUGGACGAGUUCUGGAUAUGCUGUGACAAAUGCGAAAGGUGGUUUCAUGGACGGUGUGUAAAAAUAACCCCGGCUAAAGCUGAUCACAUGAAGUUGUAUAAGUGUUCAUCUUGCAGCAACAAGAGACCCCACCCUUCUUAACCUUGUAGAAUUAAUGAUAAUGAUAGAAAAUGCACAUCACCCUCCUAAUUAGUAUGAGGAUAUCAACUUUAGGGAGAAUUUAGUCUACUCAUCUAGAACAUCUUUUGUCUUUAGAAUAUAACUUUUUGAGUCUUAGUCCAUGUUUAUGUUUAUAUCGUUCGUUAUGUGUAUCAAUCAUUUUUUUGUUUUCAGAAAUUGAUAUGUUUUACCCCCAAUUGUUCAAAAGUGGUCAAUUGUUCUAUUCAGAAGUAGAAGUUAUUCUUUCUUGUGAAGCAUCACAUAUCCCGUUAUUUUCUAUGAUUU